AUGGAAACUGAUAGAAAAGUAAGAACAGCAGUUAAUUACUAUAGAAAGAACGUAUUAAAGAAAUAUUUUCAGAUUUGGAAAAAAUAUUCUGAUCACAAGCAAUACCUAACAGGCAAAUCAGUACCACACAAUAGUUAUUUGGAUUCAAAGCCAGGUGUACAAUUUGAUUAUGAAAUAUUAAAUUUUAGAAAAAAUGAUAACGACCAAAAGAUAAAAGAAGUUGUAUUUCCAAGAAUUGUUAAUACAAACAAACAUUUAGACAAUGAUGUAAAAGAGAAAACAAUAAAACUUAGGAAUUUUAUUACAGGAAGAUUAUGGGAAAAAUGUAGUUUUAUUGCAAUAAACAAACGAUUUAGUAGAACACGAAAUGAAAAAAUAAUCGUUGAACAAUCACAAAAGUAUAAUACAGUUUCCAGAAAAAAUAUUAUUAUAGCGUACAGUGCAUUAUUAUUAUUCAAAAUUGCGUGGAAAAUAUGGUAUAGGUAUUCCAAUAUAAUAAUUGAAAAGAAAAAAUGA